CCCAAAUUUCCAGGUUUGCUGUGUGUGACCUGCACGGACAUGGCGGUGCUGGCCGGGAACAGCUCCGAGAGCUGCUACAGCAAAUACGGCUCCGUGUCCCUCAAGGGCAAAUUCUGCCACGAAAUGGCUCUGAGGAUUGUCCUUCACGCUCUGGAUCUCAGAGCCAACUGUUACCAGCGCUUUGUUCUCCCCCUGCUCUCGCUCAGCGCCGAUUUCUACGUCCGCGUCUUCGUCAGGGUCUUCACGGGCCAGGCCAAGGUCAAAGCCUCGGCCAGCAAACAGGCGCUGGUGUUUCACUGCGUGGGCUGCGGCUCGCACCACCUGCAGCGGCUGGGCAGGGCCACCAGCCACGGCAGCGGGUUCAAGUUCAGCGCAGCCACGGGGCCGCCCGUGGGUCCCUCCUGCGAGUUCUGCCAGCAGCGACACCAGGUGGGGGGCCCGGUGUGGGCAGAGCCCCUGCACGACCCCCCCUUCGUGGGGAGGCUCCUGGAGGCGCUGGAGAGGAGCCCCGGGCGCUUCCGGACAGAGCCGCGGAUGAGAGGGGUCCUGAGCGUCAUUGGGGAGGAGCUGAGCGAUGUCCCCCUGUAUUACACCCUGGACGGGCUGAGCAGCACCAUCCACAGCAACACCCCCUCCCUGCUGCAGCUCAGGUCAGCGCUGCUGCACGCCGGGUUCCGCGUCUCGCUGUCCCACGCCUGCCGCAACGCCGUCAAGACGGACGCGCCGCCCGCCGCGCUCUGGGACAUCAUGCGCUGCUGGGCCAAGCUCCACCCGGUGAAGCUCGAGCGGCUCCCGGAUUCCAGCCCGGCCGCCCGGAUCCUCUCGGUGGAGCCCACGCUCCAGGCUUCCUUCGCCCUCCACGAGGACGCCAACCCCAGCUCCCGCAAGCGCGGCUUGAAGAGGUUCCCCGAGAACCCCGAAGCUUUUUGGGGUCCCAAAGCCAGGGCCAAGGCAGGGGGGGGCGUCGCCCCCUCCCUGCAGGAGAAGCGGGAGCGGCUCCAGAACAAGCGGGGGCAGCGCCAGGACGGGGCCGGGCUCAAACAAUUCCCCUGCAAACGCUUCAAGGAGGGCUGCUGUCCCCAGGGCGAGCGCUGCCGUUACUCCCACGAGACCCCCCCGGCUGCCCCAAUUAAAGCUCGGCCAAUCAGAAACCUCGGGGGGGCUUUAAUGAACUUUCACCGGGGGUGGGGGGUGGGCUCGGGAAGCCCCCAGACCCCCCGGGGAAGCCCCCAGACCCUCCUGGGACCCCCGUAACGCACGGAGGCCAGGAAGGUGCGGAUCUCCAUCGGCUCCAGCCGCACGCGCCGCGGGUCCAGCCGGGGCGCCC